GGCGAAGUGACCAGGCGGCGGCGCCGCCUCCGCCGAAGUGACAACGUGCUAGCAGCCCUCGCUCGCUCUCCGCGCCUUCUCGGCCUCGGCGUCCGCUCUGGCCGUGCUCGAGGAGCCCUUCAGCCAGCCACUGCGCUAUGAGGGCGCCUCUCUGGGGCUGGCUGAGGCCGGAGCCGGCUCCCUCUGCUCGCUGGGAAGUGUGAAGAGACACGCGCGGGCGGGAGCCUGGGCUGCGCGCGGCGCUCGCGGGCCGACGCGGGUUCCAGGUGAGCGCGGGCUGGGCGAGCCUCGCACUCGGCGCGGCCGGCCGGCCGGCGUCUGCUGGGCUUGAUUGGAGGCUGAAUCCCGUGCAUGGACUGCUGUUCCCUCUUCGCGGGAUUGUUGGCCACGAUAGCAGAUAACAUUUUUGUAGAGGCAUUUUGAGGAUGAAUGUUUUCACAUUUUGAAAUUGCCAAGUGCCACAUACAUGGAAUGCAUCCUGCUUUAUUCUUGGAGUUCACCUGUGUGGCCUGGAUUUAUCACAGUAGCAUUUGUCUUCAAUCUGUGUGUUAACUAAAAAUCAAGGAAAGACAUGAGGAGAUUUGUUUACUGCAAGGUGGUUCUAGCCACUUCACUGAUGUGGGUUCUUGUUGAUGUCUUCUUACUGCUGUACUUCAGUGAAUGUAACAAAUGUGAUGAGAAGAAGGAGCGAUCUCUGCUGCCUGCAUUGAGGGCUGUUAUUUCAAGAAACCAAGAAGGGCCAGGAGAAAUGGGAAAAGCUGUGUUGAUUCCUAAAGAUGACCAGGAGAAAAUGAAAGAGCUGUUUAAAAUCAAUCAGUUUAACCUAAUGGCCAGUGAUUUGAUUGCCCUUAACAGAAGUCUGCCAGAUGUAAGAUUAGAAGGAUGUAAGACAAAAGUCUACCCUGAUGAACUUCCCAACACAAGUGUAGUCAUUGUAUUUCAUAACGAAGCUUGGAGCACUCUCCUUAGAACUGUUUACAGUGUGAUAAAUCGUUCCCCACACUAUCUGCUCUCUGAGGUCAUCCUGGUAGAUGAUGCCAGUGAAAGAGAUUUUCUCAAGUUGACACUAGAGAAUUACGUGAAAAAUUUAGAAGUGCCAGUAAAAAUUAUUAGGAUGGAAGAACGUUCUGGGUUAAUACGUGCCCGUCUUCGAGGAGCAGCUGCUUCAAAAGGGCAGGUCAUAACUUUUCUUGAUGCACACUGUGAAUGCACGUUAGGAUGGCUGGAGCCUUUGCUGGCAAGAAUAAAGGAAGACAGGUAAGAAUUUAUGUGUCCUAUCAUUGAUGUGAUUAGUGAUGAUACCUUUGAAUAUAUGGCUGGGUCAGACAUGACUUAUGGGGGCUUUAACUGGAAACUGAAUUUCCGCUGGUAUCCUGUUCCCCAAAGAGAAAUGGACAGGAGGAAAGGAGACAGAACAUUACCUGUCAGGACCCCUACUAUGGCUGGUGGCCUAUUUUCUAUUGACAGAAACUACUUUGAAGAGAUAGGAACUUACGAUGCAGGAAUGGAUAUCUGGGGUGGAGAGAAUCUUGAAAUGUCUUUUAGGAUUUGGCAAUGUGGAGGCUCCUUGGAGAUUGUUACUUGUUCCCAUGUUGGUCAUGUUUUUCGCAAGGCAACUCCAUACACUUUUCCUGGUGGCACGGGUCAUGUCAUCAACAAGAACAACAGGAGAUUGGCAGAAGUUUGGAUGGAUGAAUUUAAAGAUUUCUUCUACAUCAUAUCCCCAGGUGUUGUCAAAGUGGAUUAUGGAGAUGUGUCAGUCAGAAAAACACUAAGAGAAAAUCUGAAGUGUAAGCCCUUUUCUUGGUACCUAGAAAACAUCUAUCCGGACUCCCAGAUCCCAAGACGUUAUUACUCACUUGGUGAGAUAAGAAAUGUUGAAACCAAUCAGUGUUUAGACAACAUGGGCCGCAAGGAAAAUGAAAAAGUGGGUAUAUUCAACUGUCAUGGUAUGGGAGGAAAUCAGGUAUUUUCUUACACUGCUGAUAAAGAAAUCCGAACCGAUGACUUGUGCUUGGAUGUUUCUAGACUCAAUGGACCUGUAAUCAUGUUAAAAUGCCACCAUAUGAGAGGAAAUCAGUUAUGGGAAUAUGAUGCUGAGAGACUCACAUUGCGACAUGUUAACAGUAACCAAUGUCUCGAUGAGCCUUCUGAAGAUGACAAAAUGGUGCCUACAAUGCAGGACUGUAGUGGAAGCAGAUCCCAACAGUGGCUGCUAAGGAACAUGACCUUGGGCACAUGAAGACCAUGUCCCCCAAGCCGUGAAAGUGUCUACGCUUUUGUUUUUCCAUUAUUUCAAUUGGGGGAAAAUAUUAACUUUGCUGAGUUGAAAGUUUUAAAAAUCAUUUUAGUAUUCUAAAACACAAUUGUUUAUAAUUCAUUUCUAGAAAUGUUUGCAUAUUUCCCUACUAAAAUUUGUAUCUGGUCAAAGAAGCACAUAAAAAUAUAAGUAAUAGCAAACUGUUAUUAAACAACAGAACAACUUGGAAAACAAAUUGUGUUUGCUUUAAGGAAAAUCUUUAUUGCACUCAUGUCACAGGGUUAAUUGGAGGUUAUUUUAUUUUUGUUGUCAUGGUGAUAGAAUGUAAAUGCCUUAUAAAGUCAUGUUCAUUAUGAAAUAGCAUCAGUUCUUUAUAAACUCUUUUUACUGGACCUUCAUAGAAACAUGUUUAAUUUCUAUGUCUACAAUAGGGCCACAUAUUAUUUCUGAAUGGUGAAUUCUUCUUACAAAAUGUUCCAAGUUUUAGACAAGGAAAAACAUUACAUUGGAUAUUGAAUUCAUAGAGCCUUAACAGAAGCAUCACAUUCAAACCAAUGUGAAUUCAAAAAAGAUGGCAAAUUUUUAAUUCAAUUUAAAGUACAUUAAAAAAGAACUCCGUGAAGCACUGAAGGGAACAAGAUGAAUCUAAGCCACAACACUUCAAUCACUGUAAGCGAACUCAAAGUGGGUUGCAAUCAUUCCUAACACAUGCUGAAGCCAAACAAUCUUGCUCCCAGAAUUUAUGUUGGAAACUCAAUUAUUAACCAAAAUUUUGCUCCCCACAAACUCUACCAUCCCUUUUCACUCUAUAGACAGUGGCAUGCCACUGAUGCUCUACAGAAUUGUAGGUGAAAGGGAAAAUUUUAGAUUUAAUUUUUAACUUUAUUGCACGUAAAGAUUUUAGUUAGGUCACCACUGUCAUUUUAAUUUGAUAUAUUAAAGAAUACCUUUCAGUGUUAUCCUCCAAUAUCUAACAAUUUAUCACCAGGGGAAUAAACUCAACACACCUUCAUUAAAUUUUUACCAUAAUUAAACUGCUAGAUAUUGUUUGCCAUAUAUUAUGACCCAAGGAGCAUAGUUAUAAUUAGGCCAAAUUCACAUUUUAUUUUCUCGUCUUAAAACCAUUUAUGUUCAAAAUACAUUAGCAGAAGCCAUGAACAUGAAAAAAUCAGAUUUUUUCUAAUAAGUUUUUGUAUUUGACAUCAUUUAAAAUGCUCAUAGAGUUGCCCUAUAUAUGUUUGUUAUUCAUUAUAAAUGCACUCUGCAGCUAAGAGAAAUUUGAGAAGAAAAAUGGAAGUGUUUUCUGGAGCAGAAGAUUUCACUUCUUUGGCCCUCAUCUCUACUUAAAAAGCUCUUAUAGAAAGGAGUAAUCAGUUUGACUACAUACAAACUGUCUAUGUCUCUGACAUACACUUACAUAUACACUGCUUUAUAAUGAAACUGAGGACACUUUCUGAUGGUCAGUAAAAUCUUAAAUGAUUUUUUCAGCUGGUAUUCCUUUCUCUUUUGAUUUUUUUGUUAGUACAGCUCUGGGAAAGAAUCUACAACCUGGAGCAUUUCAGAUUUGCUCUUAAAGUGUAGAUACCCCUCACCACAAGCUCUCUGGGAAUCCGUGAAAUUCCUAAAAUUGUAAGCAAAAGGUUGACUAUCAGGGCAUGUUUUUCAGAGGUGGGAAUAUAUCACAGCAAACUUGGAAAGAAGGCUAUGACUCCCAAGAGGCAGUGAACCAUUGCCUUAAAUUCAUAGCAGCCUCUCAAGUCCAUUGUGGCCUCAUGUGAAAUUCCCAUUUUUCAUUUUUACAUGUCUUUUCUCCCCUCAUUUCCUCUUGUCCUGACCAAAGUAAGGCAAAAAGACCCUGCACAGCAUUAUUCCUUAAGUUGAAAAAGCUUUAGCUUUCAAGGACUCAUGUAUACCAUAUGUUCCACUUAUUGAUUUGUCAAAAUGCAUGUUAUAUAGAAAAUGGUCUAUGGCAAAGUUUUAUAAAUACAGCUACCCCAUCAAAGCUGAACUUGAAACAUUUUAGCAGCAUUUUAAAUAUGUGAAAGGUCAUUAUGGUCAUAGUGAGAAAAACUGCAUGAGUUUCAUGCAAGAAAAGAAUUUUUAAAGAAACUUCAGAUGGCUUCAACACAUGCCAUUAUAUUAUCUAACAAAACGUGGCAUAAAAUGUUAUAAAACACCCAACACUAGAAAGCAAUGACUAACAUUCAAUUUGUUUUCAGAAAUGUUUAUUGUCUUCAGUACAAAAAGUUAAAACCAUGAUUGGAUUUGUAAUGCACUCAUCCCUUAUUUAUGGGGCUAGAUUCACAGAUACUUUAUUUCAAACCAAUCUCUUCUGUAGUCUUCUCCAUCUCAGUUAAUGCAACUUCAGCCUUCCAGAUGCUCAGGUCAAAAACUGAAAGUUGCUUUUGACUCCUCUAUUUCUGUUUCAACUUUCAUCUAAUCCAUCAGCAAAUUCCCUCGAUGCUACCUUUGAAAUAUAACUAGAAAAGAAUGACUUGCCACCACAUCCACUAGGUGUCACUACCUCUGACCUUUUUAAUCGCAAUAUGCUUAUUAUUUGAUUCCCUAAUUUUCCAGUCCUUGUCUUGAACAAUCUAUUCUCAGUACAACAGCCAUAGUGAUUCUGUUAACCAUGAAUUUGAUUGUGUCACCUCCCUCCUCAGAAUCUUCCAAUGACUUCUCCCUCUAGUGGCCUUCAAGGUCCUUCAUGAGCGAUAGCCCCCUACACAUCCAUACCACUCAUUACACAUACACACGUAUGCAAUUCCACCUUUUUCUGACUCACCUCUUAUCUCUUAUUAUUCUGCCUCUUACCCCAGUAUGGCUCCCAAGAAAGUUCCUGCUUUAGUGUUUUGUUCCCUCUGCCCCAGAGAGCUCCCCUUAUUGGUCUCAGUUCAAAUGUUAUCAGUAAGACAAACCCUUCUCCCUUCUGCUUUCCCUAUCCCCUGUACCUGACAAUCUAUAAGUUUGCUUCUUUAUUUCUGUCUGCACUUCCUCCUCCCCAGCCCAAAACAUGCCUAUCACAUGCUCUAGAAGGUAAGUCCCAUGAAGGCAGGGGCUUUGUCAGUUUUGUUAGUUUGGUAUUCCUGGCAUAUACAAAGUAUUCUUUAAAUAUUUCUUGAAUUAAUGAACUGAAAAAUGUGUGUUAAAGUUGCUAAGUGUUAUUGUAUCAUACUUUUUUUGUAUUUUAAAUUUUAAAAUAAAGGCUAAUAAUAUAUUUAGACAGGAUUUUCAAUAACUUUGUCUUCAAAUUAUAAUUUUCUUCCUAAUAUUCUUCACAUUAAUCUAUGGACUAUAUAUUAUUUUCUGGAUAAAAUAUCCUACCUUAUGGAAAUGAAAUAUGAUAUUUUAUUAAAAUGCUGCUAUAUUA